GUCUUUUGUAGUUUUCAGACAGUGCAGUUUAAUAUAAAUAUAAAUAAUAUUAUAUGUAUUAAAUCAUUUUCGAGCAUACUUUAUUUCCUUUUAUUUUUUUAUUAAGAGUUUAACCUAUUUUAUAACCGUUAUUCAUACAAUGGCCUUUUUUGUUAACCAAAUAUUAAAUUUAAGUUGUUUUUUUUUAAUCUGUGUUAUCGGAUCAACUGCAAUUAUUGGAUUUACAUAUUAUUAUUUGACAUCUGUAGUGAAAAAACCCAAACUGUAUUGCAAAGAAGGUAAUUUUAAGAAAUUUGUUCUCCAAAACGUGCCGAUUAUCAAUGAAGAAUACUGGCCAGUAAUGUGGUGCUUUGAAAGUCGUUUUCAUAAUCUUUUAGCACUUAUUAUCCGAUCAUUAGUUGUGCCGUCUAUAAAAUAUAAUAGGGAAAUACUGAAUCUUAAAGACGGUGGUCAGGUAGCAUUAGAUUGGUUGGAACCAAAUGAAAAUUCAAAAGCUGAAUGUGCCACAAUUUUGUAUUUGCCUGGAUUGAUUAGUGACAGUCAUUCUGAGUAUGUGAGAGCUGUAUCAUUAGCCUUGCAAAAAGUUGGAUAUCGCGUAGUUGUCUUCAACUAUAGAGGAGUUGGAGGUGUAGAACUAAAGACGCCAAGAAGUUAUUCUGCAAACAAUAUAGAAGAUCUCACAGAGGUAGUUAAUCAUUUAAAACGAAAGUACCCUAAAACAGUUGUAGGGGGGUUAGGAACAUCUUUGGGUGGUGUGAUUUUGGGAAAUUAUCUACAAUCAAACGAACAACUAACGCACAAACAUUUCAGUGCAGCAAUGAUUGUUUCAGUUCCUUGGAAUAUUAAUAUUGCUGCGUCUAAUAUUGAGAAACCAAUCAUAAAUCGAAUGAUUGGUUCUAUUAUCACAAAAGAGCUUUCAACACAAGUCAAAAAUAAUAGAAAACUCUUGAAUUCUCCAAACCACAAAUGGAAUUAUAACGAAGUAAUUAAGAGUAAAACUUUAAGAGAAUUUGAUAGAAAUUACACAAUACACAUGUCCGGUUACAAGACAGUUGAUGAAUACUAUGAUUCUGCUUCAUUACAUGAUAAAAUAGACCGUUUUCAUUCACCUUGUUUAUGCUUGAGCGCUGCUGAUGAUAUUUUUUGUUUAGAACAAGAUAUACCUCUAGAACAGGCUACAACUACGGAUAACGUGGCAAUUUUGUUGACUGCAAGAGGAGGGCAUCUUGGUUUUUUCGAAGGUAUAUGGCCAUUUUCGGAAAAAAACGAUUUUAUGUUACGGGUAAUUGUUCAAUAUUUUAGUGGAAUUCUCAAAAACGAUAAUUAUAAACAGUUUUCUAGUUAAUUACCUGUCAAUUUUUACUUAAAAUAAUCUCGAGGGUUAGGAUUUUUAUUUUUUUUACUUAGUUAAUUCGUAUAAAAGUAUGUAGUAUUUAUAUAGGAAACUUUACACUAACGGUCGUGGUUAAAUACAGUCCUGUAUUUGUACUAAUUUUUUGAUUUGUACUAAAUUAUGAAUAUUAUGUAUA